AUGGGUGUCCUUCUGACGGCGGCGGCGUCAACGUUUUACACCGAGGAGCCCGUGAGAGAGUUCAUGCUGUUCCCUCCGUCCAGUCCCAAGGACGUCGCCAAGGCCUUGCAACUCCUGCGGGACGUUAUGCGCUGCAGGUUCGUCGCGCGCCCCGACUACUACGAGAAGCGCCUCAUGCUGAUACACUACCACGACGCGAACACCGGCAGCCUGUGCUCGUUCUCCAAGGAGCUGUGCCUGUCGCCGCUCACCACCGAGACGAUGUGCCUCGCCGCCCACGUCCGCCUGGCGAGGGUCGUGGUGCUGGAUCUGGAACGCGCGGCGCCCGUCCUCCAGGACUCCGACCUCGACACGCACGCCAUCCACCUGGUGAGGGAUCCGCGCGGCGUUCUGACCUCCAGGGAAACGCUGAGCAAGAACGGCUAUUUCGCAGGAGAAGCCUUAAACGCCAGCUUCAUCUGCGACAGGUACCGGAGGGACAUGAGAGGAGCAGCAGCCGUGAAGGCCUCGGUCCCGCACAGAUGUUCACACCCAUCUUAUACAAUCGAGACCUUCUACAUGACCAAGGUUCCCCCGCUCGCCAGAUACACUCUCCUGAGGUACGAGGACCUGAGCCUCAACACGACGCUCGAGCUCCGCCGUCUGUACGACAUCCUCGGCCUCGCCUACACGGCCAGAGUCGCUUCCAAGGUCGCCUACCACACCCUGGGCAUGGCCGAAGACCUCUCCUACAUCUACGGCACAACCAGGGACUCCAAGGCGACGGUCUUCCGCUGGCGAAGUCGUCUCUCCUUCGCCGAGAUGAAGGAGAUACAGGACGCCUGUCUCGACGUCCUGCAGGCGUAUGGCUACCGGGUCUUCGCUUCGAAGGAGGAGUACGAGGACCAGGCUCUUGGGGUCUUGGUUCCUAUCAAGACCUGA